AUGCCGAAGCCUGCGCGCGCUGAGAUCAGCGCGCCCAGGCUUCGCGGACCUCUCCGCGAGCAGCGGCAGCGCUGCCGCUGCUUGCGGAGAGCUGCCGGCAUGCCGAAGCCUGCGCGCGCUGAGAUCAGUGCGCCCAGGCUUCGCGGACCUCUCCGCGAGCAGCGGCAGCGCUGCCGCUGCGUGCGGAGAGUUGCCGGCAUGCCGAAGCCUGCGCGCGCUGAGCUCAGCGCGCCCAGGCUUCGCGGACCUCUCCGCGAGCAGCGGCAGCGCUGCCGCUGCUUGCGGAGAGUUGCCGGCAUGCCGAAGCCUGCGCGCGCUGAGAUCAGCGCGCCCAGGCUUCGCGGACCUCUCCGCGAGCAGCGGCAGCGCUGCCGCUGCUUGCGGAGAGUUGCCGGCAUGCCGAGCCUGCGCGCGCUGAGAUCAGCGCGCCCAGGCUUCGCGGACCUCUCCGCGAGCAGCGGCAGCGCUGCCGCUGCUUGCGGAGAGUUGCCGGCAUGCCGGAGCCUGCGCGCGCUGAGAUCAGCGCGCCCAGGCUCCGCGGACCUCUCCGCGAGCAGCGGCAGCGCUGCCGCUGCUUGCGGAGAGUUGCCGGCAUGCCGAGCCUGCGCGCGCUGA